ACCUUAUAUGUUCCAAGUUUACUGUUGAAGAUAAAAAGCUGGUUCCUUUAAGAGUCUAAAAAAAUUGUUAUAAUUUUAAUAUUGGCAGUUUCCCUUCCAUUUAUCAAAAGAAAUAUUUCCUUGUAGCCCAAUAAUUUAUUGCAUCAUCCCACUCAAAUUUCCCCACAAAUCAAUGGCAAAUCAAUCGGUGAGAGCAGUUCGAUUCCUGCACGCAAUUAUCGCACAAACAAGUUUUCAUUAAAUGAGCUUAAUUCAAUUAAUUUAUGGCUGCAAAUUUCGAAUCGUAUUAAAUUAAAUAACGAUGCAUAUCUUACACGGCUCAAAAAUGACACAAGGCAGCAGGAAAAAACUUCUGCCGUUCGUUAUUCGUGGAUAUAAAUUGGAAAAUCGAUUGCCAUCACUCUCGGCUGCAACAGCAAACUUGUUGGCCAGUGUGAAAACCAUCGAUGUUUUCAGUUGAAAGUCUUCUCGUUUUCCAUAAAUUAAUCAAUUCCGCGGCCAUCGCCGCUGUCAGUAGUAAUCCUUUAUCACUCGCUCGGUUUAUUGAUGGACGACGCGCGGAUGCGGCAGGAUUCUCCGCCGGCUCCAGAUAUUUGUGGGCCUGUGACAAUACGCAAACAUAAUGGCGUAAUUAAUGGAAAAAGCAUCAUAUUUUUUAUUGCCAGAAAUUAACAAGCAGUCGACACGUCAUGGAGCGUUGGUGGACAAUUGAUAGCUACCAUUCUCGCCGAUUCCCUUACUUAAAUCAACCAUAAAUGGCGUUUAAUUUUUAAAUUAAUUAACUCAAGUUCCCUUCUGCAUAGUCAUUUUAUUGCUGCACGGCCCUAUUUUGCAUAACAUACAAUAUUAAAUUCGGGGAAAAUGGCUGAAAAUUGCUGAAAAUGGAAGAGAUUCAACGACUCUGACCCUGAACUUGUCGCACUGCAGAAAUAAAUUUAAAGGGCAGAUCCGCAUCCAUGUACUGUGGCACGUGCACAAAAGUAAUUACAAAACGCAGACAAAAUGGGGGCGGGAUCCCCUUUUACAGCGAGUGGGCGUGGCCAGGGGCAGUUGAGUGGGGCUGACAGCUAAAAAACGAAUUGUAAUUGCCUCCGAGUCAAGUUCCCCGCACAGAAAAGAUUUUAUUCCAACUUCAAGUGCUACAUAUUGCAUAACUAAGUGUAUUUAAAAAUGUAUUGUAUUAUAUUGUAUGUAAUGUAUUAUUAAAUUAUUAUUGAGCUAAAAAAUUCGUUUGUCAGUGAAUGAAUACCCACUAAAAGAAACUAUUAAUACAAGCUUAGACUGAUUUUCUCUCAGUGCACCCAGCGUAGCCGCUUGGAAGUGACUACAAUAUGGCCACCCCCGACCCCACUUGUCUGGCCAACACUUGACUUUAACCUCUGCCUAAGUGGAAGUUGCUCCUUUGACUGGCUGGCCAACGGAAUGGAGUCCUGUUCUGGCCCGGUUCCAAAAACUUAGCUAAAGUCGUAAAGUUUCGCAGGCUGACCUUUAUGCGAAGCCGCCACCUAUUCAAUGAGGCUUCACGCACUUUUCUUUUUCCCUGGCGCCGUAAUGAGCCAAAACCCGGAGGCAGUUGCUCCGUUUCGGCCAAGACAAAGAUAUGCCAUGAAAUUUUAUGCGCGCGUGAUUAAAAGUCACGUGCGUGGCCAACAUAAAGGGGUUCCUCGAUGGAACCGAACUGAGCCGGAUUUGAGCAACUGCUGCAGCUAAUGUGAGUCCACGACGGGCGAACAAUGCUGAUCAUAAUCUCACCAGGCCGCGCCAGAUGCUGCCACUAACGAGCCUGGAACACUUAAACAGAUUCGCCCUACACCUUAAGCAAAAUCUGUUAUUAAUGGACCAAGAACAUUAGCAAAAGCAUUUACGAUACUUACAAAGAUGGCGCGAGACUAAUAAUAAUUUUCUAUCAUAGCUGUUAGCUAAUCAAUUAUGUUACCUUCUUCUGCAUCACUUCUAUCCACAACUUUCCUCCCAGUGUAUCUCGCCAGUUGCACUUAAGGCCAAAUGCUGUGCUCCCAUUGUCUCAGUUUAGCCGCCACCAAGGGCUCCCUGGCCAAUUGAUUGGUCUUGUUUUCAUUGUUGGCCAAGCGAGUUUCGUUUUUGGCCAGCACCUCUCAGUGGCCUGCAAGUUGCAACACGCUUUCGGCCAGUUGAUUGUCCUCUGAUUGGCAGUUGGCACCAUAAUAACACAAAUCCAUUGGGAAACCGGGCAAACGGCUAAUUGUCGUGGCACGCGUCGCUGGGACUUCAAGGAACCGCCUCCUUGGAACGACUAUUAAGGUGAGACCAGGAAAUUAGGUAACCAGGCUGACAGCUAAAUUUGUGGACUGCUAAAAGUGGGUCAAAAGGGCAACGUUUUGGGAAAUGUGAAAGCACGGUGGUCUUGCUAAAAGUAUGCAGGUAACUGAAUGAUUUAUUGUAGAUAAAACAAUAUAUUUUGGAAAAAUCAUUGACACUUCAAGAACAAUGUUCUCCACUUGUGAAGCCAUCCCCAUUGACACUUCUGGGAAAUUAAUUUUAAAGGCAGCCCAAAAGGCAUUGUCCCUUGAAGUUCUCGCCCAUCGAGCAUGAAACCGAGGCUUCAACUUCAACAUCCUGCCAACUGACUUGUGCAGAGCCACAGUGCCACGCCUCCCCUGUGGCGCCCCGCCUGCCCUGGGUUGUCAAGUUGCCAUCGCUGCCACUGCCACCCACUCACACCCACUCACACCCACUUCCACCCACUUUUGUGCUGGCAUUGCCAACAUGUGGUGACAACGGCGAAUUAAGUUAUUUGUCAAAUGUCGAAACGUUGGCCAGCACACAGUCACACAUCGAGCCUACGUAUCCCCCGUCAUCGGAGUCGGAUCCGAGUCCGAUUCGAAAAUCCGGACACGGACCGAGUCUGGAAGGGAUUCCACUCCAUCCGCUCCGUCCGCGCAGCUUUGUCAGCCUGUCAGUCGUCGUUGUGACAGCAGUUUCUGCAAAUAAAGGAGCGACGAAUAUUUUAUGCAGAAGCCGAAAUCAAUUUUUGCCAAUCAAUUGCGAAAAAAGAAAGCGAUGACGUAGGCAAUGAAAGGAACGAAUUCAAAUGUUUGGCAAGUGGACACGGUUCACUCCACAACUGAAUUAAAAAUUUAAUUUUCCAAUUAAGCCGGCAAACAUUUCUAGGAUCAUACGCUUUUCGAAGUGGCAUGGCAAAUCUGAUUAAAGAAGGGCCUUUUGAUUUCGACGAUGGAUGUGGAUACAAACCCUUUAACACCGCUUUAGUGGCCAGUGGGCUUUGACUAAGCUCGAUUUAGUCACGGAUCGAACGCCAUGCCACAUGCGAUCUGCUUUCUCGUAGUGCUCGGGGUCUGUACGCUCGAUGGAUCCGGGGUGUUGGGUGGAUACCUGGAGGACACUUACCCGGCGAGCGUGAUUGAAGAUGCCCACCUGAAUACGAUACAACUGCUGGAGAAGUACAAGCAUCCAGCGGAGACCCACCAGGUGACCACGGAUGAUAAAUAUAUCCUGACACUACAUCGCAUAGCUCGACCUGGAGCCAAGCCAGUUCUGCUGGUUCACGGACUGGAGGACACCUCAUCCACGUGGAUCGUGAUGGGUCCAGAAAGUGGCCUGGGUUACUUUCUCUACGCCAACGGAUACGACGUCUGGAUGGGUAAUGUCAGGGGGAAUCGCUACUCCAAGGGCCACGUGAAACUGAACCCCAAUACGGACAAGUCCUACUGGAGCUUCUCCUGGCACGAGAUUGGCAUGUACGAUCUGCCAGCGAUGAUCGAUGGGGUUCUGCAGAAGACAGGAUACCAGAAGCUAAGCUACUUCGGUCACUCCCAGGGUACCACUUCGUUCUUCGUGAUGGCUUCCAGUAGACCCGAGUAUAAUGCGAAGAUCCAUCUGAUGAGCGCACUGGCACCUGUGGCCUUUAUGAAGCAUAUGAAGGCACCACUCAUGGGAAUGGCCCGCAUGGGAAUGAACAUGUUUGGCGACAACUUUGAGCUGUUUCCGCACUCGGAAAUAUUUCUCAACCAUUGUCUUUCCUCUGCCGCCAUGCUGAAGACCUGUAUGCGAUUCUACUGGCAGAUUGUGGGCAAGAAUCGGGAGGAGCAAAAUAUGGUAGACCAUGUUCCCUGUGGUUUUGGGCCAUCUUCCCGGUGGCUGUAAUAUCAAGCAAGCGCUCCACUACCUCCAACUGCAGAAAUCCGAUCGCUUCUGCCAGUACGAUUACGAAUCCAAGGAGAACCAGAGGCUCUA